ACCCCCAUUGAUUCAUGCAGCCACAACUCACAGCAUGCCAGCAUAUAUAUAGCCUAGCAUGCAUCCUAUGUCCCCCAGGAACUAAGCAAGUCACAUUCCUUUGUAUUCCACGGUUGUUUAGGCCAUCUUGCUUGCAUAUCUUAAGAUUUGUAGCCACAGACCCACUCACAGCUCAACUUAACUGCAGCAAGCAGUGCGAGUAAACAGGAUUUCUGUUGCCAUGGCUUGUUUCCAACUGAGACACAUGUGCUUCACAGCAGUGCUGCUCUCUGCUGCCUUCUCCUUUUGCACAGGGCAGGGAGGUGGUAGUGGUGGUGGAGGUGGGGGCGGAGGAUCAAGUAUCGGUGCAGUAGUACCAGGGACACAGGAUUCAGUCCAGAUUGUGGCACAAGCGGCUCUCUGCUUUGACAACAGACCAGUGCUGAACGGGUGCCUGAAAGCGAUGGGUAUCAACGGCACCGGCACCGGCCCGAACAUGCCGCCGCCUCCAGGGUCAACGGCAGUCAUGUGCAGCGCCCCGUGCUUCGGGCACGUGACGAUGAUGAUGAGCUGCGUCAACAGCAUCUUCGGCAACUUCGUGAGCUACAACCCCGGACUCAUGCAGGGCGUCCAGGCCAUCUUCCAGAUGUCCUGCGGCAACGUCAACGGCCAAGGAGGCCCUGGCGGCCCUGCCGGACAAGGCGGUAGCGCCGGAGGAGUCGGUAGCGCUGGCGGUGCUAAUGGUGGAGUUAGAGGCGGCAGUGGCACUACUGCUAACGGCGUCGGCGGUGGUGCGGCUGCUGGUGGAGGCGGCAUGGGUGCUACGAACAGCAUCGGCGGGCCCGCUGGAGGUUCCGGCGGAGGAGCCGCUGCUGGUGGAGGGGGCAUGGGUACUAGUACUACUAACAGCAUCGGCGGAGGAGCUGCCGGCGGUACUAGUGUCGGAGCUGCCGGCGGCAAUGGUACUACUACCGGCGGCGGUGCCGUGAGUGCUAUUGGCAGCAUUAACGGUACAAACGUUUCAGCCAACGCAGGCUCGCACGUGGCGGUAAGCAGUCCAGGUCAGCUGGCCAGCAGCGUGGACGGGCCCACUUUCAGUCUCAAGGGCGUCGUGCUAGUAAUCUGGGCCGGCUCCUGUCUACUGCUGUUCUAAACUUGAUCAAAACAGCGACGAGAACGAUGUGCAGCGAGUUGUGAACUUAUGAGAUUGAUUUUGGUUUCAGAUAACUUGGUACAGUAGUAUUGAUCCUUUAUCACCAUCGGUGAAGCUCUAUUAUAUGUAACCCUGUGUGAUCUCCGCGUUCUGAUGAAUCAUACAUAUGCAAGUGUUGUUCAGCUUUUCCAC